AACAGAGGGCCGCCGCCGUUGGCCGGGCGCGUCUCUUCGCGUCGCUGUGGGCGGGGAGGGAGGAGGUGUGCGCGGUGAAUAUUAAUGAGCCCCGCCCCUCCGCGCUCUUCCCCCGUGAGAGGUGAUGUCACGAGAGCUGCCCGUGUUCGUUCCAGCUGACUCCAGCCGCGGUCCGAGAGCGAGAGAGAGAGAGAGAGAGAGAGCGAGCGAGCGAGCGAGCGCCUGGAGAGAAAGCGAGGGAGAGGAAAGCGGUCGCAACAAACUAACGAGAGAAAAGAAAAGAGACAAACAAAGAAGACAGCAACAGCCGUCGAGCUCAACUUCGUCGCGUUUUAUACUUUAUUGGCUUGCGCGUGAACGCGUUUGUCUAUCCGUUUUUUUUUCAGUUUCAUUUUGAUUCCCACCCACAGAAAAAAAAGCGACUGGAUCUCUGCUCCCGUGCAGACUAGCUGCCCUUCUGCUGCAGUUUAUGAGUCGCUCGCCUUCGUCGUGUGAGAUUUGUUGCACCUCUGACUCCAUGGACGGCCGUCGUUUCCAGCGGAUUCCGUUUUUGGGAGAAUAUGAACGUCCUGGCCGGGAACAGCGCCAACUUAGCUUGGUGACAAAUGUCAACAAAUGAACGGACUGUCCACUGACCGAGACGUCGAGGCUGGAGGUGCGAUUAGCGGUCAGCAACUUUGUUGAUCCGGCAGAGAGAGAGAAAGAGAGUGAGAGAGGGGGAGAGACAGAGAGUGAGAGAGGGAGAGAAUCGCCCAGGGCGGCAGGUUUAAACACUCUUAAAGGCGCUCGCAGGUCUGAGACGGAGAUGGAGCGAUCCCGCUGAACUGAACACGCUGUACCGGACGUACACACGCCUUCGAGUUUCCACAUGGAAAUGGAUUAAGUGCAGCGCUCCGGGGAAACAUUCUGGACGCAGUUAGGGGCUCAGACCCGCCCAUUUCUAUCUCCUGUACCCUCUGAAAGGCCAGAGUGAGGGACUCAGUCAGCUGUAAGUGAGGCCGUACUUCUACAACAACGCCUGGUUGUGCUGGCUUCAGAGUUAGUCGGUGGUCGAACCUCAGCCAAGUUGUUGUCAGGCUAUGUCCAGACAACUGUCUCAGCUUUUACCUCCAGAGCUGCCCGCUGGAGCCAGUCCGCAGUUUGGUCCUGCCAACCCAGCGCCUUCUACUCCUAAUGGCCCCCUGAACUCCAUGGCCAGUCUAAAAUCUCUUCUACAGCUUCCUAUUAAAGGUGACAACAGAGCGAAAGACUGCUGUGAGAUGAAAGAUAAAGAGAAGCCCUUAGACUCUGAUGAGGACUCACUAGGUGGGGUCGGGGGCGUGACCGGGGGCGGAGGUGCCAUGCGCAGCUCAUCCCAAUCGGCCUUCCUGGGACCAUUACUGUGGGAGCGCACCCUACCGUGCGAUGGCAGCCUGUUCCAGCUGCAGUACAUGGACCUGGAGGAGUUUUUGACGGAAAACGGGAUGGGCUGCAUGCCGUCAGGGAACGCCUCCAGCGCCCAGGCCCAAAUUCCCUCGCAGAGCACGCAGUCAGCCGUACCUAGCCAGAGCUCCCAGUGCCCCCCCUCCUCACCACCCCCCUGUUCCUCCUCUGCAUCCUCCAUCUCCUCCCUCUCCUCCUCAUCCUCCUCUUCCUCCCUGCUGGGCCUGGACGUGCCGCAGGGCCCGACACCGGGGAUGCUGGGAGGGCCUGAGUGUCUGCAUGGAGGGCAGGCAGUGCAGCAGGACCCCUCUCCAAGCUCCUCCUGCCCACCUCCACCAGUGCCCCUGCCCACCAACGCUGCUGAUGUGAUGGUGAACUUUGACCCAGACCCCGCUGACCUGGCCUUGUCCAGCGUCCCAGGCCAGGAGGCCUUCGACCCCCGGAGACAUCGUUUCUCUGAAGAGGAGCUCAAGCCCCAGCCUAUGAUAAAGAAGGCCCGCAAAAUGCUGGUGCCAGAUGAUCAGAAGGAUGAAAAGUACUGGAGCCGUCGCGUCAAAAACAACGAGGCAGCCAAGCGCUCACGAGACGCUCGGCGACUGAAGGAGAACCAGAUUUCCGUCCGCGCUGCUUUCCUUGAGCGGGAGAACGCCACGCUUCGACAGGAAGUAGCCGAUAUGCGCAAAGAGCUGGGCCGCUGUCGCAACAUCAUCAACAAGUACGAGAGUCGCCACGGAGGCUUAUGAAGAGGAGGACUGAGAAGGACGAGAGGAGAAGCGAUUCAUUCAAUGUUUGGAAGAAGAAAGCAAGAGUUUAUAGACAGGACUGUUGAACCAGACAGCAGUUUAUUUGCGUACUUGUUUCAAACUUGCACUGCGACACUUGCAGACUGUGUUUCUAUGUGAGUGGUGGCUUCGGUGAAGGUUGUGUUGUGCAUGGCUGCAAACAAGUACUUUGGCGAACAGUUUAAUAAUCAUAGUCGAAGGGAAUGCUCACAAUGUCUAGACAUAAACACUGUUCAGCGUACUUUUUCCAAACCUUUCUGUGAGUAUUGAUCUUUUCCUGCCUUUUUUUUGGCGGGCGAACUGAGUUCCUGCCGAUUUUUAAGGGUGACUGUCAAGCUCGUGUGCGGUGUUACCCAGACCUUUUGAACAUUCCUUCAUUGUUUUGGCUAAUUUUCUUAGAGAGAGGGUUUUAUGAGGCGACCCAGGUGUAAUUUUUUCUAUGACAACAACAAAAAAAUUGUAUAUUUUUGAACUGGUUAGGCACAGAUAAGACGGAAGGAGGGGAGGACGAGACAACACAAAGAGAUUUUGACAUAGGAAAAAAAUAUAUAUGUAUAUUUUUAUACUUACAGAAGCAGACAGGUGAAGAGAUUUUGGAAAAUAAUCUUUUUUGUAUAUUUUAUAUAUGGGUGGGUAGGGGUAGUUGUAGAGAAAGAGGGCUAGAUGAAGAUGUUGUCAACCAUAAUCAGGAUCGAGUUUGUUUGGUUGAUUCUAUUUUAGAUGUAAGGAAUUCUCUGGAAGAUAUAUUUUAGAUGGAGAAGAUAGAGAAUGGGCUGAAACAGUGGCAGAUAAGGUGGACGGAUGGAGGAGGAGGACUUUGCUAACAAAAAUAAACAGUUGAAGGUGAACCGAAGAGCGAAACGAGAGUCACGCCGAUUGGAACUUUGUUGUGGGUUCGUUGAAGCACUUAAUUUGAUGUCGUCAUUGUCGUCGUCGUCUUCUUCUUGAUUCCUUUCUUUCUUCAGCCUCAGCAUGUGUUUGGUCCUGAGUUAAAAGAGGAGGGAGAAAAAGAGAUAGGAGAUAUUGGAAAGCUCUGGACACUACAUCCCGUCACCACAUCCAAGGAAUUUCAUGUACAAAUCGUUUCUCCAUGUAUAUAUUUUAAACAUUCAAGCUACAACGUCUUCAUAUAUAUCCUGAAAUACAUAAAUAUAUAUAGUUGUAUACAGACACGCACACAAACUGGACCUUGGUUCGCAUGGCCAGUACGACGCAACGCACAAAAACGACUCCUUGUAUGAAGUCUACACACAUACUCGAAGCUAUUUCAGUACAGUGAUCCCUGUUUUCUCACUCCAUCUCUUUCUCUCACUCCCUCGGUUCUGCUUUUUUUCCACAAGCGAUGAUGCUGAUUUGGAAUUUUUUACGCCUGUGUUAAGUUGGCAAUGAGUGGGUUGCAUGGUGGCGCAUGCUUGUGUACUGUACGAUCAGCACAGACACAAAAAACCCAUCCUUGUGUUGACAACUGUCUUUUUAUAUGGUGCUCACCCAGUUCCUCCACCCACACACACACACACACACAAAUCAAUACAGUACUCGACUGCCUACAACCCUGUUUCUCUUAAUGAUUAAUUUUUUUUUUGUACUGUGGGGAAUUGAAUAUAGACAGAAACACAUGUUUAUAAACCUCCUCAAACUAAACCCAGUGACACUUUACUAUCAAAAGGCUACAUGGCACCCACAAAAGCCUAUCAUACCUGUCAAAAACCUUCAAAAAGGCUAAUUCCAAGAGGUGUUGAUGUUGAUUUCAGCUCAGACAACUGACACUUGUUGUAAUAAGCAUUUAUAAAUGUCUUUAUAGGUUUGUCUGUUGUCAGGAAAGUCUUAUGUAGGCAUCAUGUAGCCUUAUGAACACUGCCCUAAACCCUUACAGAUGAUUUGCACCCUAAUACUACUGUACCAUUAAAAAACAAUGUACCAUUAUAUAAAUAAAUAAAUAUAUAUAUAUUGAAUAUUAAACUAUUAUCUCACUAGGUAUGUGUGUGUACAUGAAUAUAUGCUUGAAUAUGUGAUUUCUAGAUGUAAUUUACAUAACUUGAAUACAUGUAGUAUCUAUACAGAACAUCGUAAUUAUAAUAAAACAAUCUGAUUUCUUGGCCAAUUUGCUCAGGUGUCUGGCUUCCAGAAGCAAAAAUCUUAAAAGUGAUCCGAAAUGAUAAAGAUUCCUCGGACGUAUCUGGAUUAGUAGAAUUCAGAAAAUUCCAUGGAAAUCCAUACUACACUACCAGCUCAUCUUGGGAAGGUUACAAAAACAGUGCUGGACAUAUAACAAAUGUCCUUUGUUGGUUUUACACGUACAGAUUCCAGGAUUUUUCCUUUUUUUCCGUUCUCUUAUUGCUAGUAUUAUCAUUGUUGAUGCUGUUAUAAUUGCUAUUCUUCUAUUUCUUUUCAGCACUUUCUUGCAACAACCUUUGAUAGAAAAUGCAAUGCUCUCUUACCAUCUAGAAUAACUCCAAGACUGUUAUUUGUUGGCACCAUCCACCAAGACUGUACAUGGCUCCAAGUGCAUUGUGGGGGCUGUUGUCUUGUCCUUGUACGUAUGAGUUUAUAUAAGCUGAUACAAACACAUGAGAAUUGAGCAACUGAUGUUUGUUGAUUUUUAAUUUUCUCCUGGAGGAAUUUGAACUACUACUCCUGCCAUCAUUGACUUGGUGCUGCUUUUGCUGCCAAGGGCCACAUGUCGAAGGAGAACAUGCUUUUUGUUACAUCGGAACUGUUUGUAGAAGCUUAAUCGAAACUUUUGACAGUGCUAUUUUUCUAUGUAAAUGUGUACACAUUAAGAGAUUUCACGGGCAUUGGUAGCCUAUCCUCUCUCUGGAGUGACGGUGUCCUACCAAAUGUUAUUGCGGGUAUUGUAUUCAUCUUUUUUUCCCCUCUCCACGUGUGGAAUAUUAACAAGUCCUUGUUAGUGACUGUUAUGAACUACAAAUCCCAAGAGCAUACCACUAUCAAACGUCACUGAUAAUGUCUAUUGUUCCUACCUUUAGGGAUGCUGGGAAAUGUGGUUUGGCUUCUUUCCUGACACACCAAUAAAUGAUUACCCUUAUUCACUGAUACAAAAUCUA